UACAACUCAUCAGGUGUUCAUUAUGUCCCGAGCAGUGUUUGUGCUUGUAUUUGAUCUGACUCUUGAUUUGAAUGCCAAAGCUUUUAUCGACCUUCAGUCCGACCAUCGUCUAAAAAAUUUUCCAAAGUGGAUGGUAAAGGUGUCUACCUUUCUUGGAUUGAACAGAAAAUGCAAAGUUUAUGAAUUAGAUAUGACAAAUUUGGACUUUAUUAUGUACUGGCUGUCUUCUAUCUAUGCACACACUAAAGAGAAUAUACAGAAGGAUGGAGCACAAACCAGACAGCUAUCUCCUCCAAUAUUCUUUGUAGGAACACAUAAAAACAGCUUACCAGGAGGCAAAUCAGAAAAAAACGCAAAGAUCAAAGAAAUAUUUGAUACUCUACGGAAAAUGCUAAGUGAAAAGCCAUACGAAAAACAUAUCGUCGCUAGAUUUUAUGCAAUAGACAACAGUUUGCGGAAUGAUGGCGCAAUGCAGGAGUUGCAAAUUCAUAUUUUAAAGGUUGUUGAAGAGCAACCGUAUAUGAAUGAACACGUUCCAGCUCCAUGGAUGGCAUUUGAAUAUGCGCUGGAAGAGAAACGUCAAGAGAAUGUACAAUGGAUAGACAUGGCGGAAGCAAGUGAGCUAGCUACAAGGUGUAAAGUAAAUGCCGCUGAGCUAUCCACACUUCUACAAUUCCAGCACGAUACUGGCAACUGCGUUCAUUUUGUAAACACAGCUAAAGCGGAUGAUCCAUUGAACUUUUGUAUCAUCCUCAACCAAAUGUGGCUCAAUGACAUAUUCAAAAGUGUCAUCACUAUUAAACCACCACAAGAUCAGCUUGCUCUAUUUAGAAGCUCAUGGGACAAACUAGCGUCUGAAGGUCUACUUGAUGAAAAGCUUGCACGACAUGUCUGGAGAGAAUAUGAGAUUGACCCAAAUGUGUUGUUUGGAUUAAUGAGCAAGUUUGACCUCUUGUGUGAAAUGCAGUUUCCACCUGAGGAGUCGGCUCGUAGACUUGCAGAAGAAACACGGGUUUUCUGUUUGCCAUGUUGCUUAAGUGAAACAAUUGAAGCUCCUUUAUUGGUAAAAGAUGGCGAUUGCACCAUACGUUUCUUUGUCGAUUUUGCUGGUUACCUACCAUGUGGGCUGUUCUUCAGAUUAAUGGUGCGCGCAAUUUGCUUCUCUCAAGAGUGCGGAGGACGUAGCGGACGAGAUCAGCAUCUUUCACGUUACAGUGCCAAGUUCUACAUUGACCAGGAUCACCAUCUGUUUAUAAGGAUUUACACCAAAGAUAGGUCAUUUCUUGAGGUGAUGGUAGUACGUGUAGCUGGAGAUGGUGAUUACCCAAGCCCAGCAGUUUGUCAGAUGAUACGGGAAUUUCUGAUGGCUGCAUUGACUGAUAUCUGUAAGAUUUGGAGUAAAGGUGUUACAUUCACCUUUGGGAUCCCGUGUGAUCAAUGUGAAGCUGAAACUGGCAGACUACAUCUGCACACCUUUGAUGACUGUAUACGAGCAUCUAGAGUACCUUGCCAGGAGAGACGAAUGGCAACUGAGCGAUUUCAACGAUUGUUUGUGAAAGGUUUUGAUCAUGUAUACAUACAAGAGAAAAAGAACUUUCAUAUGAUUCAGUCACUUGUAAUUGAUCUUGGAACUGAGCAGAUGAGGAAGUUUUUUCUCAACCAAAUCCAAAUUAGCAGAGGUGAUGUUGGGCGGUAUCUUAUUAAUGAACAGCAUGGCAAAUUUAAGGGUGUCAGGUUGUUUGCGGACCAAAAGCUUAAAAUGUUCAGAAUUGAUGCAGAUAUCACCAGCUUUGAUAUCACAAUAAUGAUGCUGCUAAUUCGGCACUGCUGUGGCAUUGUAUGUCCUGACAAAUUCUGGACAAAUCCAGAUAAACAAGAUAAUUCAGAGCUUGCAAAUUUGGUCAGAAUCCGCGAGUACAGGAACAUGAAUCUAGCACAUCAUCCCAACAGUAGAAUUCCAUCCAAUGAGUUUGAGGAUGAAUGGAAGAAGCUUACAGCAAUAUUCCAAGGUGUUGGCGUUCCAAUCGAUGACAUUAACACAUAUCGCCAAAUAGCUGUAUAAUAUUGUAAAUGAAAGAACUAUAGAAUAGACAAUAGACUCAAUUAGACAUUUAAAGCAAUGUGUAAUUCACUAUUCUUUUCUGUAAUAACAUGCAAACCAUAUUAAUGAAAAAUGUAAUUUUGCUGUCCAUUUCUAGUUCAAUAAUAAUAAUAAUAAUAAUAAUAAUAAUUAUUAUUAUUAUUAUUAUUA